AUGCACUUGGCCGCACGAUCGGGCAAUGAAGCUGCGCUACUUGCUAUUGUCGACAAAAUUGGGGCUGGAACGGUGCAAAUUGUUCAAAACAAACAAUCCAAGAAUGGCUGGUCACCAUUAAUGGAAGCAUGCGCUCUCGGUCAUUUUGGUGUUGCUCGAAUUCUCCUGCAACAUCAUGCUCGAGUUGAUGUUUUCGAUGAGAAUGGUCGAACAGCGUUACAUUUAGCUGCUGCUAAUGGUCAUCUCAAAUUGACACAUUUAUUACUGACCAAUAAAGCAUUUGUUAACAGUAAAUCAAAAACCGGUGAAGCACCGUUACAUCUAGCAGCACAGAAUGGUCAUGUGAAAGUGGUCAGUGUCCUCGUCAAAGAUCAUGGCGCUUUAUUGGAAGCAAUAACAUUGGACAAUCAAACAGCAUUGCAUUUUGCUGCACGAUAUGGACAAUUAGCUGUAGCACAAACGUUACUUACACUUGGUGCUAAUCCAAAUGCACGAGAUGAUAAAGGACAAACGCCGCUUCAUUUAGCAGCUGAAAAUGAUUAUCCGGAUGUAGUUAAAUUAUUUUUGAAAAUGAGACAGAAUAAUCGAGCAGUGUUGACAGCAAUUGAUUUAAAUGGUUUCACAUGUGCUCAUAUUGCUGCAAUAAAGGGAUCAUAUGCAGUUGUUAAAGAAUUGAUGAUGAUCGAUAAAGCUAUGGUUAUUCAAGCAAAAACAAAAACAAUGGAAGCAACAGCAUUACAUAUGGCAGCUGCUGGUGGACAUAGCAAAAUUGUUAAAAUUUUACUCGAAAAUGGUGCUAAUGCUGAGGAUGAAAAUGCUGUUAGUCAUGUAUUUUGCAAAAUUUAUAUUUAA